GGUAGUUGUUCGGCGCCGGCUGAGAUCAUCACGAAUAUUUCUGAAUAAUGUCAAUGAGAUCGUCUCCCCUUGCGGAUAAAUUACGAGGAUGGCAUAGGACCACGGCCGGGUGUAAGGGCUGAGAACGUCCAUCAUUUCACUUGGAUUACCGUUUUCGUUUGGCUACACAAUUUUAUAAAAGAUGGGAAACUGUUUCGGUGGUUCCGAUCACUCCCCAGCACCCAGAACCAACAAUGGAGGAGUGGAAACCCCUCAACGCACGAAACCAGCGUCGGAAAAUGGUGCUGUGAGCGUGUCGAGCACUGGGGGAUCAAUUGUGACAAACGUGAACCAGUCGGCAGCAUCUCCGAUUGCACAGUCUCCAAAACAUCAGUCAGAACAAUCGUUAGGGGAGCCUCUAUCCUCCAGUAAAAUAUUUGUUGCAUUGUACGACUACGAUGCAAGGACUGAUGAGGAUUUGAGUUUUAGGAAAGGAGAACACUUAGAAAUUCUAGAUGAUACCCAAGGGGACUGGUGGAAUGCUAGAUCCAAGAUUACUAAAAACAAGGGAUAUAUACCGUCCAAUUAUGUGGCCAAGUUAAAGAGUUUAGAAUCAGAACCAUGGUAUUUUGGUAAAAUCAAGCGAGUAGAAGCGGAGAAGAAGUUAUUAUCCCCAGAAAACGAACAUGGGGCAUAUUUAAUUCGUGACAGUGAAAGUAGAAGAAACGACUAUUCAUUAUCAGUUCGGGAUGGUGACACAGUAAAGCAUUACAGAAUUCGACAGCUGGAUGAAGGUGGUUUCUUCAUCGCUCGCCGGGUAACAUUCAGAUCUCUGUCGGAACUGGUCGACCAUUACAGUUCGGAUGCUGAUGGCCUCUGUGUUAACCUUAGGAAACCAUGCUCACAGGUGGAAAAGCCCCAGACUGUUGGUCUGUCCUACAACACCAAGGACCAGUGGGAGAUCCCCAAGAAUUCCCUGAAACUCAUCCGCAAGAUCGGCCACGGCCAGUUCGGUGAGGUGUGGGAAGGCUUGUGGAACAACACCACUCCUGUUGCCAUCAAGACCCUCAAACCAGGCACCAUGGACCCUAAGGACUUCUUGGCUGAGGCUCAGAUCAUGAAGAAACUCAGACACUCCAAACUGAUCCAGCUGUACGCUGUGUGCACUCAGGACGAGCCCAUCUACAUCGUCACCGAGCUCAUGAAGAACGGCAGCCUGCUUGAAUACCUGCAGGGCAAGGGCCGAGUGCUGAAGCUGCCCCAGCUCAUUGAUAUUGCAGCCCAGAUUGCUUGCGGCAUGGCCUACCUGGAAUCACAGAACUACAUCCACAGAGACCUGGCAGCCAGGAACAUCCUUGGGGACUGCAACAACGUCAAAAUUGCUGACUUUGGUCUAGCCAGAGUUAUCAAGGAGGAUGAGUAUGAGGCUAGAGUCGGAGCUCGCUUCCCCAUCAAGUGGACAGCACCCGAGGCCGCCAACUACAACAGGUUCACCAUCAAGUCUGACGUCUGGUCCUUCGGCAUCCUGCUCACUGAGAUUGUCACAUACGGACGGGUGCCUUAUCCAGGAAUGACAAAUGCCGAGGUACUGCACCAGGUGGAACAUGGCUACCGCAUGCCCUGCCCACCUGGCUGCCCCAAGACAUUGUACGAUAUCAUGCUGGAGUGCUGGAGGAAGGACGAGCUCGAACGACCCACUUUCGAAACACUGCAGUGGAAACUAGAAGAGUUCUUCCCCCUGUCAGUCGACCCCUCCGAGUACAAGGAGGCAUCGUAUGUGCGAUAAGAACACAAAACAUUAUGGACCAAACUUAAUCUCAAACCCGCUCAAAUUUGUACGAGGCUUGACAGGACAAUGCAUUGUGGGAUAUAUUCACCGUGUUGAAGCUUGUGAUGUCAAACUACAGCAAGCAGUGCUCUAAGCAGUGGAAAUGAUGGAUGUUUUAGGUGUGAAACUGGACACAAAGAUGGUGUAAGAUGUAGUGAUAUUGUCUGUGAGUUAGUGCAGUGACAAGACAUUGUUGACUUUCAAUGGUGCUGAGAGAGACGAUUGUACAAUCAGUACUGUGUGCCGCUACAGACACCCACACUAGCAUCGCAGCGGUUUCCCAUUGCGAAACCACAUUGGUUUCACGUGACGAUUCACAUUGCAAUUCUCAUUGCACUGGUUUCCUACUGAACAAUUGCAGAGAGAACUGUUUUUAACUUGUUGUGACUUUGUGUCGUUUUGUCUUUUUAAUUGAAAUUUCUAGAACAAAUCAGUAGUAAUCACUUGUCAGAGACAUACUGAGUGUGCUUUUAGUACUUAAGUGCUUUUACAUGACUAGCAAACAGUUGUCGCCCCCCUUCUGAUAUAGGUCGAUCACCUCUAUGUCUCUUUCGUCAUGUGACCUGUCAUGUGACUUUGUCCGGUCUUUCAUGUUGUCCUGAGUGAUAGUGAUAAUGGGAAAUGCUGGAAAAUGAGGGGGCAUCUCAAAACUGCAGACAUGAUGUUUCGAUAAACAUGAUAGUUAUUGAGAGUUUCUUUAAGAUAUGUGUUUUGUUUACUUUAAUAUUAGAAAACUAAAGCAAAUUUGUUAUGUAAAAAAGUACUUAUGAUGAGUAAUUGAAUUGUUAAGGAUAAUUUACCAAUAUGAGUGUCUGCAUUUGACAUGCCCCCCUCUAUUGCUUGUACAUAGAGUUGUAAGUUAUAGCCCUUUCACGUUGUUGUACUGCACACGAUGCAUGCAAACUACUGCUCCAUUUUACCACAGUCUAGAAUUUUCUCCUCAGAAUUUGUGCUUCCUGGAUAUAAACUGUGAACAUUAAUCCAGAUAUUGGCAAAUAUUGCUGAGAGAAUUGUAGUCAUAAUCAUGAUAAACGCAAACAUAAUA